AUGAUCCAUUCGUUUCCAACAAUCAAGCUCAAAGUGCUUACUGCGUACUGCCGUACGAGGGUUCAUUCUUAUAUCCCCGAAAACCGCGAGAAAAAAAUGGUGGACGAAAUGGUCGUAAGGACAUCUGUAUGUAAUCAACGUCAGGAUCGUCCCGGUAAAAAGGAGCCCUGCGGUGCUGUAGUGGUAUUCCCUUUGAGGAACUGGAAAACACCCUUCAGAAAGAGAUGGGUGUGUGUGAGACGAAAAUCAUCCAACCAACCAGAAGCAGACCCCCCGACAAGCCGGGGAAGAUCCGGUGCUACGGCGACCACACUACACUAUAAAGAGAUGAAAGGUGGAUGGUGCAAUGAGAGCUUGAGACUGACCGACCUGCUGACACGAAUCACUCGAUUGGGUCAAAAACGUGCCUCAAAUAGACGAGCCCAUCACGGGGAGACUCCGAAUUCUACCAGUACCUGUGAUACCUUUCGUAGAGGUACCUGA